AGCGAAAUAUAUCAGCGGUUGAGCGGCCCCAUUACACCCAGCCGAAGUGGAGAGAUUAGAAAUUAGUCGGAGCCGUAUUCAUGGUUACGCCGAGCAGUAGAUAAUUGUUAAUUAUUGUAUUAUAAUAUUCUAAUUAAUAAAUAUUAGUCCUAAUAAUGAUCCUGCUCGAGGUCAACAAUAGGAUACUAGAAGAAACGUUAAAUAACAAAAUAAGGAAUGCCUUGUCGGGUCACAGACCAGAAUCCACAGACGUCAUUAUAGCUGACUUUGAUGGAGUAUUAUUUCAUGUUUCGAACUUAAGUGGAGACAAGUCAAAACUUAGAAUAAGUAUCUUGCUCAAUUAUUACAAACAAUUGCAAGAGCAUGGUGCUGAUGAGUUGCUCAAGAGAGAGUACGGCUCUCAUCUUACUACCCCAGAAACUGGGUUCAAUGUCUCGGUGUUGGUAGACUUGAAAGAUUUGCCAGAGGACUGGGAGAAUUUGGUGAAGAAAAUAGGUCUCUUGAAAAGGUACUGCUUCGACAGUGUCUUCGAAAAGUAUUUCGAUUUUCAGGAACAGGGAGUGGAAGAGAAAAUGGCAGUGAUCCACUACAGGGAAGAAGAAACUAUGUGUAUCAAAGCAACGAACGACAGAGUCACAGUCGUCUUUAGCACAUUGUUCAAAAACGUGGACGAUAUGGUAAUUGGAAAAAUGUUUCUGCAAGAACUAAAGGAAGGUAGACGAGCGAGUCACACGGCGCCUCAGGUUCUCUUCAAUCAUCGCGAGCCACCACGUGAACUUCAGGAUUCGGACGCGGCUGUUAAUUCAUGCGUUGGAUACAUAACUUUCAUACUGUUUCCACAGCACACGAACAAAGAGUCCCGUAAGAAUACAAUCGACAUGAUACUAAUGUUCAGAGAUUACUUGCAUUAUCACAUCAAGUGCAGUAAGGUAUAUAUUCACUCGCGGAUGCGUACCAAAACCAGUGAAUUCCUGAAGAUCCUGAACCGAGCAAGAUCCGAACCGAAGAACGUUGAGAAGAAGACUAUUACGGGUCGAACGUUCAUCCGAAAGGAAUGAGUUUAGUGAGUCAAUCAAUAAUGUUAAUACUAACUAAAAAUCGAGAUAAAAGAAGAGAAGAAAGGACAUUGAUUGGCCUUAGACCGUCACUUGAAAACUUGUACAUUUCGCCAGCGAACUGUCUUCAAUUGUUUUACCCUUUCGAGAUAAAGACGGUCGUGGCACAUAGGAUUAGUCAGCUAAGAGCUUCCCAUCCCCGACAGUAUAGAAUUCAUACUUUUCAUGCGAUACAGGCUAGACUCACUUUUAAUACUAUGAAAAUUAUCAUGAGACAAUUUUUCACGAGAUAAUCCCAUCUCCUUAGGGUCUCGCUGUACGAGGACAAAUCGUUGUAGCAAAGUUUCUUUACUUUUAUCGAUUAAACUGUCGCUUCUUUCGCGUUAUUUUAAUAGAUAACAAUAACGUUUCCGUUCAAGCGAAUGAACGGUGUGUACGAGCGCGACAGUAACAAUGAUUCAAGGUACAUUCGUCUUUUUUGGCGAAUUUAUCAUUAGGUCCUUGUUUUCUUUAUAAGAAUUAAAAGGUUUUUAAUUAUUAUUAUUAUUAUCACAUACAGUAUAGUCAAUAUCGAAGCGGGCUUGUAAGAAAAAAUGAAUUACACUGACCUAAGGAAAUGAAGAACAAGACUGGUUCGUUGUUUGAGGCCAAACGAAAAGCCCGUUGCUCGUAUUAAAUUAAAUUGGUACUCUAAUAAUCGUGCAUGUCUUUAAAGUAAUCAGUCGGUAGAACUUUUGAAAUCCUCUGUACUGUACGAUUUUUCGGUGUACGAUCUUGUCAUUGUUCAGUUGUAUGUACGGAAGCCAAAAUAGGACGUUUUAUCGUAUUAGGGAGAUAAACCGUUAGGAUCGUCAUGUAUUUCCAGUUGUUCUGGUUUUAAAAUGAAUUAACGCACAAGGAAGCAGAGCUCAUAAAUAUUUUUCCUUUACUGUUUUUACUUUGAAAACUGUGAGAGCACGUAUGAUACCGAAACGAUGUCUCCGUAACUCUUUAACUUCUUAAGAAAAAUAUAAAGAAACAAAAAAAGAAUUACAAGUAACGUACGUACUUGUAAAGUAAGUUUAACUGUUGUAGUCAAGAGUGUAAAAGUCCAUAUCGAUAAGAAAUUGUAAAAAUUUCUACGUCGAGUCGGAGGACAAUGUGGAAAACUUACCAAAAGAAAAAGGAGUGAAACCGAAGCCCAAGUUGGAUCAAGUUUUGAAAAAGAUGUAAAACGAAAAAUAUAAAUAAAACAUGUCUAUCCUGUAUCGCCAUAAAAGUCAAUGGAGAUGUCACGUGGCUAAGUAUGAUUCGGUCUAUUGUAAUUAAUGAAAGAA